GAGCAUUUCCACGACUGUCUGGCUCUGUGUUCCACAUAAGUGAAGGGAGAUAACAACGCUGCCAUUACUUUCCUGCCCUGUAGGUGGCGCCUUGUCACAGGGUCGAUGAAGUUUAGACGCUUAAAAAAAUCUGCUGGCUCCCGAGAUCGAGAACGCGCUCUGAGUCGCUUCCCCAGCAUGUGUUUACUCCUAAAAGUUCCUGUCACUGUACUAGCAGGACUAUGUCUGCUGUGACGCCUCCUGUUAAUGACCGGCAUGUUUCUCAUCGACGUGAGUUAGAAGAGCUACCAACGGAAAACCGGAGAAGACAGCAUAUUCCUCCGCCUGUCCAGGGUGGAAGGCAGGCACCACUGCACAGCCAGCGGCACCGGACUGAUGUCAGCCAGAACCGCCCUCGAACUGAUCCCAGUGCAACCUGGUCCCGCACGAAUGAUCCCAGUACCAGAGAGCCUCUGUUGGACGACUGUGAGCGAAUGGGGACUCUGUUUGGUUCGCUCAACAAGUGUCUGCGGGGAAUGGGCUUCAGCCAGAUGUACUUUGGGGACAAAACAGUGGAGCCGGUCGUGAUCGUCUUCUUCUGGCUGCUGCUCUGGUUCCUGGGCAUCCAGGCCUUAGGACUGGUGGGAACUCUGUGUAUUAUCAUCAUCUACAUCCAGAAAUAAUGUUGAUGAUUUGAGUGGUGCUUGGUGAAACUCUGGAGAGGCCUGUACUUAUACACUCUUGGUGAUUUACGAUGCUUUAUAAUUGUGAUUGUCCAUCUGGAGCCUUCACUUGCUUUCCACAGUUGAUGCAAACAAUGGAGACUGAUUAAAGAAAAACCAGCACAGAGCCAGAUUAAUGGAUUUGGUCAUCUUGCAGUAUUUACCACAGAGGACGCGGCGUCAGUUUGGGGUAUUUUUGUGGCUGGUUUGAUUGCAUGCACGUUUAUGUUCAUGUACAUUUUGGGGAGAAAUAUUAAAUGAAUCCCACAAAGAUGAUUCACUAAUGUUUGCAGUGCACAGUUCACUGUGAAUUGUGUUGAGUGUAAUGCUAACAGUGUCUCAUUUUGGGCCAGAUGUGGUUGUGAUUGUGUGUCUUUAUUUGGACAGAGAAGGGCUGAUUUAUCGAGUGCAUGAGUGAUGUAGAGGCCUUCAUGCUGUGAGCACAGUAGCUGAGCUCUGGCUCAUCGUGCUUCACUCAGUCCUCAUUCUGCAUCCACAUGUUUCUGCAUCAGGACAGAGGAGGAGAAUCCCAAUGCAUGGAAGUUACAGUGACCUGAUGGGCUUCCAGUGUGUCAAAGAUCAUUCCACAACGACACAAUCUGUUGUGUGUUUUCUCAGCCUGCACAAAUAUGGCGACUGUUUUCUUUCUUUCUGAUUUUACAGUUGUUAUGAAGCAAAUUGAAAUGUAAUUUCCAAUGUGACAAUAAUGAGACUCGGAGCUGCACGAUGUGACGAUGUGGAAUUUUGACUUUGACGCAUACCUGCACCCUCACACAGCCUGCUGAAAACAAACCAUGUUGUGCAUGUUUAAGAGUAACGGUAACAUGAACAACUUAGCGGUUACGCUCAGAUUUCAGGUUUAUAUGGUGGAAUUGUAAUAACAGCGCCCUCCUCUGGUUGAGUCCUGCACU